UUCAGAUGGUGAAAGCUAUGUCGCAGUCAGGAGCUUAUGAUUAUGCACCGUCAUCUUCGUCGUCUCUAACAUGCCCAGGAAUUGUCGCCAGGACACAUGACAAAAGAGAUGUCGCUGCUUUGUCCGCUCGUGUGCAGAAAAUGGAACGAGCAUUGGACUUGACGAAAUAUAUCGCACAAGUUGAGAAACUUCUCGCUCAGCCCAUCAAGAUCCCAGGUUCUACGCUAGUUCAUCAUCAAGGACGAGGACCAAACAGUCGACGUCCAAGCAUUUUUUCAGCCAAAGGCAUAUAUCCAACAGAGGAAAUAAGGAAGCAUAAGCUUUCCAAAUUGUUCAACUUUCAAAACGUCAAAGAGCGUGAAUGGCUGCAAGAAAUAUUGCUGGAGGAGAGUGAUUCAGAUGAUGACGGAGAGAUGUUGUUCACUGUUCGAGACAUUCGUGCCGCUGUGAAGGUGCAUCAAAUGCGACGAAAACUCCAGAAACGCUAUCAUAGCGAUCGAUCCAAUAGCCAAUUUACAUACUAUUCAGCUGGACUACUCAGCAAUGACGAUCCAUUCCCUGAUCAUCAGUCUAUGAUUCUUCGCAAUCUGACACAGAAUCGAACUGAGUGAUUAUAACAUAAGCAUACGGGUAUCAUAAAUGCAUUGUGCAUAGUAAAGUUCUUGAAGAUCUGCCCAAACCGGUCGAUCACCCAUUGCAUUCUAAUAGUUGUCUUACAACAUAGU